AUGCGCUUCCAUGUCCUCGGGCUAGGCUCCAUAGGCACUCUCGUCUCUCAUCACCUCCGCAGAGCCCUUCGAGUGCGGCAGUCUCAUCAACCGCCCGGUCUCCUCCCUCUGCCACUCUCAUUAGCCUCGCAGUCCUCUUCAGGAGCACACGCAUCAGCAUGGUCGUCAUAUCUCCCCUCUCCGGACAGCUCAAGCGUUACUCUCCACUUCCGCAACCAAGCACGCGCUGAAGUCUUCCGUGGUACGGUAGUUGAGCAUUCCGGUGUGAGGAGCACAGAAGCAGCCAAUGGCUAUCGCUUAGAGGUGGCCGGCGUCGGACAGGUCUUCAGGUCCUCGCCUACAUCUGCUGGCCUGCCUGGCCCUCCCUCUGCUUCUGCGAGCGAGUCCCGCUCCAUAGUCGAAGCCCUGGGCUAUUCUGCCAGGCCAGACGCAAUCGAUUCUUUGAUCGUUACGACAAAGGCAGAUCUGACCGUUGAAGCUCUUCAGCCCCUGGUACCGCGCCUGACGCCCGCUAGUACAGUCGUACUACUGCAAAAUGGGAUGGGCUUGCUCGACGAGGUGGCCGAGAGCUUCUGGCCGGUCAAGGAGGAGAGACCACGUUUUCUUGUGGGGAAUGUGACGCACGGGGCGUGGGCAAAGAGGCAGGAGCAUAUUGUUCAUGCUGGACUGGGUAACAUCUUCCUCGGCGUGCCCCCGGAGACGAUGUUGCUUGCGGCGGGACCGCAGGAAGAAGGGCAGUCGCAGCAGUCAGAGCCGCAGACCCAGCCUGGCCCGCUACCCGGUUCAUUAGGGGGCUCAAGACAGCACUACACGCUGCUGUCCACAAUGGCUACCCUCCUCUCCAUUCCCGAUUUAGCGGCUCAGGUCACCCCGGACUGGCACAGCUACCAAGUUCGAGCCCUGCAGAAGCUCGUCGUCAAUGCCUGCAUCAACCCGCUCACGGCUAUUCUAGACUGCAAGAAUGGCGAGCUGGUGGGCGACGAGUGGGCUACAGAGAUGUGGUGGGAAGUAUGCCAUGAGGCAAGUAGAGUGUUCCUGGCUAUGGCUAUGCGCGAGAGGGGGGAGGAGCCAGAUGCCGGGCCUUUGGCUGCGGACGAGCCAUUAUCGCCACCACCGCCACGCCGCCGUUCAAGUGAGAGAAGAAGACGCCGUCUUGUCCUGCCAAGCAUGGCAGAUUGGUCCCACCUCAUUCAGCGGCCCCUUUCUGGCGAUUCCUCUGCCUCAUCCCAGCCCCUCCUUCACCCCUCCUUGACGCCGCCCUCGCUCCUCUCAACGGUCAAUCAAGUCUGCCGAGCUACCUCGCACAACUUCUCUAGCAUGCAUCGCGAUCUUCGCGGGCCCUCUGCCUCCUCAUCUCCCAGUGGUAGAGGUAGACGAGUGCCUCGCAGACGGACAGAGAUGGCCUACUUGAAUGGAUGGCUCUGCGGUGCGGGCAGGGAGGUCGGGGUGCCCACGCCCGCGAAUGACGCGCUCGUUAGACUGGUGGGAAGUUUGACUCGCGGUGGGGUUACGGGGAGGCGAAGGGAGUGGAACACUAGGAGGGAGGAGCGCGAGGAGGACGAUGAAGAUGACGCCUCUGACUAUGAUGAGGACGAGAUGCGGAGAGAUGUCCCGCCAGCAUGGCGAUGA